AUUUCGGUCCGACCUGCUUUAAACACGAUAGAUUGAAACCUCUCUCUCUCUCUUUGUUUUGGCCCUACACACACCAACACGAAACAACAGGAAGAUAAGAACCGGGCCCGUCGUUCCUUUUUUUUUCUUCUUCUUUCUCUUUCUCUUUCUCUUUCUUUUCUCUCUCUCUCCACACGCACACACUAUGGAUCGAUUAAGAUGGAUUCCUCUGCCCAGGACACAAAGCACACUGUCGGAUUUCAUGCGACAGACAGAUAAUGCAUCGUUUGAUAGAGACUGGAAACAGUUGCGUUUUGCUCCUUGGCGAUUUUUCUAUCUGGAUUAUCAUCACCACCUACAACAAGAGGGCCAAACUAUGGAGCAAUGGCUUGUAUCUGAAUGGAUCAAAGUCUACGAGUUUUACAUGUUAAAGAAGGGUGAAAUUGAGCGUCGAGUAUCGGGAGGCGACCCUAAAGAAAUACCCACCUUACAGAGCGACAUUCAACAACUGUACCAUUUUAGCAAAUUAAAUUAUUGUGGCUUUUUACGUUUAUUCAUGCAAUACCAUCGGCUCUUCGGAUCAGGUCCUCCACCCACAGACGCCCUGCGUCGAUUGAUGAUGGACAGACCUUUUUGGGAUACCUCUUCACACUUCUUUUCAAUGCUCGUACCUUUCAAUCGGCUUUGCAUCCAUUCCACCGCGCUCCCCAGCUGUGAUUCUUCCAAGAGAUCACUCGACACCAUCGUCACUGCAACACAUGAGUCCUCCGUGAAAAAGUAUUGGCUACAUUCAGAUCAUGUUAUCGAACUCUAUCUGCUCUUAUCCACACACGGAUUACAGAUUCAAGACAAUAACGCCAUCAAUACCGCUACAGAUGAAAUAGGCCAUCCACAGGGCUUCAAAUCAACGAAUGACAUACAUCCGUCAUCAAUCGUUCCUCAUUCAGGUCGACUGAAAAUAUCCACAACGUACCUGGAUUCACCAGAUUUGAACGAUUACACCGACCGAUUAGUAGGUCAAUCAGAUACAUUGUCGUGCACAAAGUCCAUACGUACAAGGACCUAUGAUAAUGUACCUUAUGCUUCGUUAGAACAAAAGAUGUACUAUCAUCAACAACACCAUCGAAAAAAGAAGGGUAAAGAACCUGAAUGUUGUGGUACCUUAACUACCUUGGCUUGGAUACAACAACGUGUUUGGUUGAAACAAAAACAUCUUGCUUCCUUGUUCCGUGCUGAGUACUCGCUUUCCAAUUUACUAGAUAAACCUUCCUGUCUUUAUCGAACCGAUGGUCUCUUAGUGACCGAAAAGGACGUUUGUCGCAUGAAGCAAACGUCUUUACAUAUGCAAGAACAGGUCCAUCACAAGAUUAAAAUCCCUGUAUUAAAAACAAGUCAGUAUCGAACCGUGUUUGCCAACAAGGAUAUCACAGUGACGAUUGACACAGACAUUUCAUUUACACGUCCACACCAACCCGAAUCCAAUCGAUUUCCUUAUUGCGUAGUACAAAUUCAGCACAGUCAAACCCCAACUUGGUUAUCGGAACUAGAAGCAUCACGUCUUUUAGAACCCGUGCAUGAUUUCUCUCUUUAUCUCCAUGGUAUCAGUAUUCUUCAUCGUGUUCACGUGUACCCACCUUGGCAAUCGAAAUUCACUUCAUCCGAUAUUCGAUAUCCACGUCAUCGAGGCAGUCUUUUAUCCCUCAACAAAACAAAGGAUCAGGUGACCAACGCCACCACACCUCCUGUCAGUUGGAGUUCGGAUACCAUUGUCACAUUGGACGAGGAUACGCUUUCUUCUUCCUCUUCCACAUGUUCCUCUUUACUCAGUCCAACAGUGAACAAACAAGGUCAAUUACGUCGUUCGUUUGAUUCUUAUUGCAGUUUUGAUCAUCCCACCUCUUCCAAAUCUGACCCGACCAAUUGCAAGAGCUGUCAAACCAAGCUUAACCCUCAUCCGCCAUUCUAUGGUACCUCUCAUCCUAAAAAACCGACAAACCGUACAUCCGCCAGAGGAGAUAUUACCUUUUUCUCCGUUCUCAAGAACGCAUGUUUAUCUACCUUCCACAAGAAGGGUGAAAAAACCUCGUUGUUACCCCAAUAUCAUACACACACUGGCAUUUCACGUCCUACCAUCAUCACUUUGACCUGUGUAUUUACCUCCUUUGUGAUUUCAUAUUUACUUUAUCUAUUCAUCCUUAAAAUCAAAUAAUAAAAAACAAU